AUGGGAAAGAGGAAAAUAAUGCAGCAAGUUGACAAUAACAGGUGAGAUCUUAUUUAUCUGUUUGUAGUUGCUCAAAUAUACCAACUGUACACGACAGGACAACUUGAAUACUGUCAACAACUGGACAACCAAAUACAGUCAAUAAGUGUACACAACUGGACAUCCAAAUACAGUUCACAGAUGUACACAACUGGACAACCGAAUACAGGUAACAUCCACACACAAUUGGACAACUGAAUACAGUCAACAAGCAUACCCAUCUAAACAAUUGGAUACAGUCAACAACCGUGUAUAACUGAUCAACAAACGAACAAUAAAUACACUGAACAAAUGUAUACAACAAUACAGUUAACAACCCUAUACUGUUAAAAGGAAAAAGAGCUAGUCACACAAAGCUAAGCAACGUGGGAGAGAACAUAGUAAGAUUACGCCUUCGGAACAAGACAGACGAACAACUUCGACAAAACAUAACAGCUUUGGUAAUAUUUGCGCCUCUUUCUGAGGCAACGCUUGCGUGGGCUCGUGGAUCAGUUCACUCUCCUUAAAUUACAAACAUGUCGGCUGCUUUUUCCCUGUCGUUGUUUAACUUAGUUUGGAUGACUUAUUGAGGUGGUUUAGCUCCCGGCUGAACCUUCGUUGGCGGGGUGUUUUGCUGUAAGAAUCCCUAUUCGAAAAUAGUUUAUGGGGGUAAAAUACAUUAAUGGGUGUUUUUUUUGUGACCAGGUAUCUCUGAACAUCAUGGAAAUGGUGACUAUCAGAAGCACUAG